AAUAUAACAAUCUCGGAUUAUUUAAAAAAUUUUAAUAAUAAAACCAUUUAAUUUUGGUUAAAAAACUUUAAGUUAUUAUUUUUGUAUUUUAAUUCUUUUGUAUUUUAACUACUAGUAUUGUUUUUAAAGCUUUUAUUUAAAAAUACAUAAAUUUUAAGUUUAUUAAUAAUAUGUCCACAACUUGUAAUGUAUUAUUCGAUAAUAACCCCAGUGGAGUUUACUUUGCUGGACAAAAUAUUUCCGGAACCGUUGAAAUAAUAACUACAAGGCCAAAGAACAUUAGAUCUAUUCAUAUAACAAUAAACGGUUCCGCCGAAGUCCGAUGGACAGAAAAAGUUCAACGAACAAAUGAUGAAGGAAAAACAGAGGAUUCUGAAGAAGUCUUUUCAGCAACAGAUCAUUAUUUGCAUACACAAACGUAUGUUUACGGACAAAGUGGUGGUGGCUCACUAGAACUUCCAGCUGGGCGUUAUCUAUUCACCUUCGCUGGAUUUAUUCCGCCAAAUGUACCGUCAUCAAUUAAUGGUUCACUUGGACAAGUACGAUAUGAAGUGGUAGCAACAAUAGAUCGACCUUUAAGAUACGAUAAUGUAUUCAAGCAGCCAUUCACAGUUUUGGCUCCACUGGAUCUAAAUUUAAAUCAUGCAUAUUCAAUGCCAAUGGAUAAAAAAGAAGAAAAAACAUUCCUAUGCGGACUUUGUUGUGGUAAUAAUGAUCCAAUAUUAAUCACUGUUGCGAUUCCAUUUUCUGGUUACGCUCCAGGUCAAAAAAUAAACUUCAAAAUGAAUAUUGAAAAUAAAUCAAAUACUGAUGUUUCUGAAUCUAAAAUUAAACUUAUGAAAACAAUUAAAUUUAGCUGUCGAACUCCUAAAACAAAAGAAAGAUUAAAUAACAUCAAAAUAUGCGACAAGCGAAUUGACGGCGUACCGAAGCAAGAAAGCAAAGAAUUAAAUGAUUUUCUUGAAAUUCCCUCAACUGUUCCAUCUACCUUAGAAACUUGUUCAAUUAUUCAUGUAACAUAUACUGUUAUGGUAGUUGUUAAAUUUUCUGGAAUUCAUCAAAAUGUUGAAAUAAAUUUUCCUAUUACUAUUGGUACUGUACCGUUGUACGCAAGCCUUAGUGAACAAGUUAGCGAAGUAAUAAUGGGACAGCCUGGUAUAGCUAGCAUCAGGGCAAUACCUCCACCACUUUUGGAAGACGAUGCCGAUAAAAAGAGUGUUUUCAAAAACAACGAUAUUAGCGAUAAGUUUAUGAAGAGUAUUGAUUAUGUGCCAAAAUAUCCAGUAUUCCGCAUACAGCAGCAGAAUGGAGCUCAUAACGGCAAUAACAGUCCAGCAUCUCCCCCAACGGGAUUGUAUCCAACAAAUCCAAAUUUAAAUCCAUCUCCUUACCCUCAAAGACCUUUAAAUCCCAAUAUUCCAGCUCCAUAUCCUAGAUCGCCAUCACCUGUUCCCCCAACGCCCUAUCCUAAUUCUCCAGCAACUAACCCGAGCAGUAUUCCCACUGCUCCGCCCAAUUCAACACCGUAUCCACCGGAGCCAGCUGGAGUUAUUUGGGAUGACGCACCUAAAAAACCAAAUAGUUCGAUUGGUUGGAAAUGAAAUGUAAACAUGAACAAGCGUUUUAAUUUUAAACAUAUAUAUACAUAUAUAAACGAUCUUGCAAAUUUAUUUUAUUCAUAACAAUAGCUAAAGAAGGUUUCGCGCAAAUGUGAAUUUUAUGUGCAGUACGCAUGUAAGUUAUACAGUGUAUUACAGAGGUGUUAUAAAAAUAGUUAUUGAUUUAUUGAUAUUUUCCCGAAUCUGCAAUUUUUAAAAUAUUUAAAAUGAAUAUUAUACUAUCUAAUAAUUUUAGAUGUUCAUGCUUGUUAAUUGUGUUUCUCACAUCUCUUGCGUGACAUUCCGUUCCUACAACUAUACCAAUUGAGAAA